AACGCCCCCAGCAUGUCAUCCACGUCCACGUCCAAUGCUGCGCCACUUUCUCAGCCUCGUCACGACCAUCGCCACUGCCUCUUCUCCUCAACACUUGCACCGUGGGACUUGGUGACCAUCCACAGGUAAGCACAGACAACAUGCUGCGCGUCUGCGUGGGGCUUCUUGCUCUUUUCUCCCACGUCCUCCCCCAGGAGCCCAUUUCUUAUUCUUGCACUGAGGGUUAUGAGUACGACACCGUGAGAGAACAGUGCAAAGACAUCGAUGAAUGUGUGCUGCUGGACGACGCCUGCAAAGGAGGCAUGCAGUGCAUCAACCACUUCGGGGGCUACCUCUGCCUCCCCAAGAGCGCCGUCAUAUUCACCAGUCAGGAGGGGGAGGAAAUGCACGCCCAGGAGCCCGCCCCCCCGGUGCCGGCUUUCCCGCCGAGCCAACCUCAGCCCCCGAGGGUGUUCCCGGGCGGCCAGGGCAGGCACUCCGCUUCCAGCCGCGUGGUCCGCUGUGCCCCCGGGUACACGGCGGAUGAACAAAACGUCUGCAGAGCUCCAUGCGGACCUGAGUGAGGAAAGCCCAGCUCAUGGAGCCAUCCUUGGGGAAAAGACGGGAGGACAACAGGGUGACAAGAACUAAAUCAUCCAGACUAAAGAUAAAUUGUAUUAUUGUGUUUAUCUUACCUGAAAAUAAAUAUAUUUAUUAAUUUAAAAAAACAAAACAACUAAAUACAUUUUUACAAUCUUUUGCUAAAAACA